AUGGAUAAUUAUAUAGUGAUUUCAUUUGUCGGUGAAGGAUCAUUUGGCCGUGUUUUUAAAGCAAAACAUAAAGAUACAGAUGCAGUUGUUGCAUUGAAAGUUAUACGAAAGAAAGGUAGAUCGUCGAAAGACCUUAAAAAUUUAAGACAAGAAUGUGAUAUACAAAGACAAUUAAACCACCCAAACAUAAUUCGUAUGAUUGACAGCUUUGAUACUGAAUCAGAGUUAGUUGUUGUGACUGAAUAUGCUGAAAAAGAGUUACAUGGUAUACUUGCUAAAGAAGGAUGUUUGAGUGAAGAUAAUGUUAAAAAAAUAACAUGGGACUUAGUUUCUGCAUUGUAUUAUUUACAUUCUCAUAGAGUUCUACAUAGGGACUUAAAACCACAAAAUGUUUUGCUUGAUAGCACUGGUCGUGCAAAGCUUUGUGAUUUUGGACUAGCACGCAUCAUGACCAAUGCUACUCAUAUCCUUACAUCUAUAAAAGGAACUCCCCUGUAUAUGGCUCCAGAAUUGAUUGACGAGAAGCCUUAUGAUCAUCAGGCUGAUUUAUGGUCUCUUGGGUGUAUUGUAUAUGAAUUAAUGGCAGGUCAGCCUCCAUUUUGUACAAUGUCUAUCUGGCAGCUUGUUCGGAUGAUUAGACACAAACCAGUGCAAUGGCCUAGUUUUAUCAGUCCAGAUGCUAGAUCAUUUUUACAGGGGCUCCUUCAUAAAGACCCAGUAAAGAGGAUGAGCUGGCCGGAGAUACUGGAACAUCCAUUCAUAGCGGGCCAUGUCUUGAUAUUGCCUGAGGAUAAGCAAAGUAACUCACCAUUCACUAAGCCUUUGUCCUGCAGUCAGCAAGAAGCUAAGUUCUUACAGACUGAAAAAAUGAGCAAAAAUACAAAAUGUAAGAUGGAGAAGCAUUUGUUUGACCAUAAUGUUGGAGAUAACUCCGGGAGUGCUGGAACAACAAAGAUUGAUAAUUUAAGUGCUUUAAAAAAAUAUAUCUCUUCAACUGAUACGGUAUUCAGUGUGCAUAACAUAGAAGACGGUCGAGAUUCUUGCACUUUUUUAAUUUUGUAUGAGUCUGAUGGUGAGUUAUCUGUAAAUUCUAACAUUCCAUCGCUGACGGUAGCUUCACAUUCUGUAGACAAUGAAGAAAGUUUAUUAAAAAUUGAUUCAACUACAGUCUUGAACCCUGAAACUGGACUGUUUGAAAACACUUUGGGGAAUGAGGACAAAGAAGCUCUUUUCCUGAAUAAAGAACGUGAGAUAAAAGCACAAACAAACACUGAUUCCACAACUAUAUUACCCAAAAAAGGGCCACGUUGCAAAACUCAUACGAACACUCCUUUGAAACAAAGUAGAAAAAGAAAAGCAAGGCCAGAAACGUGGGAAAAGAAUAAAAUUAUUAAAAAUAAUUUAAAGAGGCAUGUGUUUCAAAGCAUUCCGGAUUGUAGAUGUAAUUGCAGAAAGAAAUUAAAUGAACGCGCAGCUAGAAGUGUAUUUGAAAGAUUCAUUAAUUUUCAAAGUCACACCGAACAAAACAUGUAUCUACAAAGCUGUCUACAAGAAUUGGCACCGCAAAGAAGUCGUCCUAGAAAUAGUGGUCGAGAAACAUCCAGAAGUCGACGAGUUUUUAAAUAUUUCGUAAAUACACGAAAUAGGACAGUAGAGUUGUGUCAAAAAGCAUUUGUCAGUAUCCAUGGAAUUAAAAAAGACAGGCUCGAAUCUAAAGUAAAGCAUCGCGAGAAGGAUAUUCAAGAUGGGAGAGGACGGCACAGUAACCAUACAAGUUACGAUGAGGAAACAAUAGAAAAUGUACGUAAUUUCAUUGAAAAUCUUCCUGCCAGAGAUACAUAUUCUACCAGAUCUGGCAAUAAAUGCAAAAAAUAUUUAGAUUCGAAUUUAACAGUUGCAGAAAUACAUCGCACAAACAUAAAAACUGCAAGUGAGACCAAGUUUGAGAGCAGAGAGCAUGAUAUGAGAAAUGUACGUGGAGUUAUGCAAGCCAUGGAAUGUGUACCGAUGUCUGACGAUGACAGCGUUCGAGCGACGAGUGCUUUCAGUGUCCGCGACAGUCUCAAAACUGACGACGAGGAUCAAUCCCAGCCAAUAACAGCGGCAAACGCUAAACUCUUGCGUCACGAAUUCAAUAUUAUGAAUAACUCCAAUCUUGUGGUGUGCAAUCUUGAGAAAAACAUGGCGCAACUAAUGGCAGCCAAUCAAAAGCACGACUUCAAAAUGCACAAAAUUGAUGAGGAGAAAAAUGACCCACCAAAAGAAUGCCCAAAAUCAUCGGAUGUUGGAGUUGUUGAUAAAAAAGAUGAUAAACAGAAGCCGAAAUCAACAGAAACUGCUUCUCAAAGCUUAGAGAACCCAAAGAGUUCGACGAAAUGUAGCAGCGAUGUCAGUUCAGGGUUGAGCAAGAGUGUUCCACCAUCGUAUAAACAGAAGUUAUUGCAAUUUUCGAGAGAAAAAUUAAGAUUUGGAAGCGGUGGCAACCGACUGACAAGGAGCAUCAAAAGAUCUUUCCAUUUUAGCCGAAGCAUAGACAAGAACAAGGAUACCCAAAGGCGAAUCAGUGAACCCACAAUAGAAAUACCCAGCAUAGUAGAAAAGAAAGAUGAUUCAAUAAAGUAUUGUAAAGAAGAUAAGGAUAAAGAUGUCGAAAAGUGUGAAAUUAUCCACGAUACUACCAACGACAAAGAAAUAGCAAAUAACGACUGUGUUAUGAAACCAGAAGAAUCACUGGAUGUCAAGGAGCCUUCAAUAAUAGAAUUAGAAGAGUGGGAGGCGUUUCUGAACUCUAAUAUUACCGAAGUGAUGGAUGGUGAUGUUGAAUCACUAACACAAUUGAACAUGGUGAGUAUGGUGGUCGGCGUGGUGGGCGUGGCGGCGCGCAGCGGGCGCGGCGCGCGCGUGUGCGGUGCCGUGGCCGCCCUGCUGGCGCUGCCCGCGCUCUCGCACUCCCUGCCGCGGCACACUCUACUCAACAUACAGGAUGUGUACCUCGAAGCGAAAGUUGUUUAUAACUUCGUAGCAGCAAUAAACACGCUCAUGAGAGACAGCAAGCACUCUGACGAAGGGGCCGAAGACAGAUUGUGUUCGGUUGUCGCCAGAGUGCAGGGAGUGGGUCGCAUGGUGGAGGUGUGCGCGUGGCUGUGCGUGCGCUCGUGCCGCGCCGUCAGGCAGGUCGCCACUGCCCUCGCCGCGUACGACGCACACCCUGUCUUCACCUAUCUGCUCACUUCGCAUUCAAUGCCUAGAAUAGGAUUGAACAUAGUGGGUAUUCUCAUAACAGUGUUACAAGGCCUCCCCGAGCACGCAGAUGUAGUAGAAAAAAUACUAUUCGACGAUGAAAAGUUCAAUUUCUUAAGACUUCUAGAACAACCCAGCGACGCUUUAAAAAUACGAGUAUGUAUACUCAUCAGUUUACUCUGCACCUUCUCUUGUACGGCAUUUUCAGCGGCGAUGGAGUCGAAGUGGACGAAGAAAGAGAGUGAAAGCCUGGAGGCACUCCACAGUCAUUGCAACGUUACCUUGAACAGGGCAGCGCGAUUAGCUACUAAGGAACUAAGUAAUAUGCCGUUUUAUUCCAGU